GUGCCCGGCUGCAAGAUGGCCGCCGCCGCCCGGCAGCCGCCGCCCGGGAGGUCGCCCUAGGAGCCGCAGCCCGAGCCCGAGCCCGCGGGCCGCCGCCAGCCUGCUCACCAUGACGCCAGUGAGUCGCCGCACGCUGGAGCGGAUUUACUCAGCGUUGCUGCUGGCGAUCGUUUUGCUCUCCUGGGGAUACGUCAUCUAUGCAUCCACCGUGGCCGCGCGGCGACAGCUACGGAAGCAAUACCCGAAACUCUGGGAUGAAUGAAGACUUGUAAUUCUACUGAAUUUAGUUCUUUGCAAAUACAGUUCUUUCCCUUAUGCUUAUCCGACACCUUUGUAGAUUGACAAAAUAAAAUUCAUACUGCAAAGUG